AUGUACGACCUCAGUUAUCAAGCCAGAGUACAGUCUAAUGGCAACGUCAGUUUGUCUGCUCCUCUUCUCUUGCAGUCCGUGUGUCAAAUGGAUAUCAAAAAUUUCCCAUUUGAUACUCAAAAAUGCAAUUUGAAAAUUGGCUCCUGGACAUACGAUAGCCUUGAUGUGGAUUUCAGACAAGCACCACCAACAAACGGCAUUAUUAUGGACCGACUGGAACCCAAUUCUAUUUGGGAGUUUAAAUCAGUCAAGGUUGUACAUAGGUCCACUAUGUACGCGUGCUGUAAACAUCCAUUCCACGACAUUACUUACACUUUUGAAUUUCAAAGAAAAUCGUCGUAUUACGUCAUGACGAUAAUUAUCCCGUCAAUCAUGCUAUCUGUUCUUUCUUGUAUUUCGUUUUUGUUUCCUCCCGACUCUGGCGAGAGGACAUCGCUUGGGAUCUCAGUUGUGCUUGGCAUAUUCGUGUUUAUGAUUAUCGUAAACGAGCGGACGCCGGUGACAUCCGACGGCGCACCGAUGCUGACUGUAUUCUUUAUCUGCAUCCAGAUCUCCACAUUUCUCUCGAUAAUUGCAACUGGCCUUAUAUUGCGUCUUAAUUACGGUCACUUCAUUAAACCUGUGCCUCGUUCUCUGGCAUUAAUAAGAGACUUCUUUGCGCGAGUAUUGCGCAUGGAAAAUACAAAGAAGUACUCAACACAGACAGCAGCGACUAGCUUUGGAGGUCCAAACUUAGGUGAUAAUAAGACCACAGAGGAUGUUUCCCCCACAGCUCAUUCCGAAACCAUAAAACACUUCCAAGAUGAGAAAAUCUCACAGGAACCUCAAAGAAUUGCAAUUGAUCUUAAUGACGAAAGCAAUGAUGAUAAACUCAAAAAAGAAUGGAAGUUUACAAUGCAAGUCUUUGAUCGUUCUUUCUUUACAUUUUUCCUUAUGAUCAGCUUUGCGCUUGCUGUUGCUAUUUUUGCAUUUUGGCUAAAUGGAUUAUAA